CUUUCUCUCUUUGUCUCUGAGUGUGUACUAGCAGACAUGGAUUCCGAUGUUAAUUCCAGCGAAGAUGGAGUCAAGGGAGGAGACAUGGUGCCUGCGGCCAUGAAACGGUCAUAUGAGUGCACGUUUUGCAAGAGGGGGUUCACCAACGCUCAGGCCUUAGGAGGGCACAUGAACAUACACAGGAAAGAUCGUGCAAAGGCAAAGCAAGGCACAGCUACUUCAUCGGUUAAAGACUACAUGAUCAACAUGAGCCCUAGGAAUUAUCCUGUUGUGGAGGAGGGCGAGCGAAAUUAUGGCAUGUUUUUUCAGUCACCGGGGUCGAAUCCUAGGCAGCAAUAUGGGUACUAUGACAAUGAUUAUGUUGUUCAUAGGUCGUUGCAGCCUUCAGGUUUGGGUCAUGAAGAGAUUUUGGGGGCUAAUUUGAGCUUGAGAGUCGGCCAGAGUCAUGUAGAUGAAAAUCAUGGGAGGAGGAGGAAUAUGAAGGAAGAUGAAGUCGAUUUGGAGCUUCGACUUGGUCAUGAUCCAUAAUAGGUUGAGGAAAUUUGUUGAAUAGGGGAGGAUUUGUUUCAGGAUAUGAUACUUUAUAUGGAGGACCAUUUUGUGAAUUUCAAGUUUUUAAUAAGAAUUUGAAUUCAUG